GCCGCUGCCUGUCGCUGAGGCCAAGAUGGCGGAGCGGGGGCAGUCGGUGGUGAGGGACGGUUUGCGGGUCUUCAUUCUCUGCCUGUGUUGGUACACCGUGAGCUCGGGCGGCAAUGUCAUCAACAAAGUCAUCCUGAACCGGUUCCCGUACCCGGUCACCGUCUCCCUGUUCCACAUCCUCUCCAUCUGCCUGUUCAUGCCGCCGUUGCUCCGCGCCUGGAACGUCGCCCCGGCCGGGGAGCUGCCGCCGCGAUACUUCAGCCGCCUCCUGCUGCCCCUCGCCUUCGGCAAAUACUUCGCCUCGGUGUCCGCGCACAUCAGCAUCUGGAAAGUGCCCGUCUCGUACGCGCACACGGUCAAGGCCACUAUGCCCAUUUGGGUGGUUCUUCUGUCCCGUCUCAUCAUGAAAGAAAAGCAAACUCUGAAGGUCUACAUAUCAUUGAUUCCCAUAAUAUCUGGAGUCUUCUUGGCAACGGUGACUGAACUUUCCUUUGAUGUUUGGGGACUGAUUAGUGCACUUGCUGCCACUCUGUGCUUCUCCCUUCAGAACAUCUUCUCGAAGAAGGUGCUGAGGGAUACACGGAUGCAUCAUCUUCGACUCCUCUAUAUCCUUGGAUGUUACGCUGUCGUUUUUAUGGUUCCAACUUGGGUCCUUGUUGAUGUCUCUGCAUUUUUUGUAAACAGCUCAGUAACUGAUGUCUCCCACUGGUACUGGACCCUCAUAUUGCUUAUCAUCAGUGGCUUCUGUAACUUUGCUCAAAACAUGGUCGCCUUUAGUAUUUUAAACCUCAUCAGCCCACUCAGCUACUCCGUGGCCAAUGCCACCAAGAGGAUCAUGGUGAUUUCAGUAUCACUCAUCAUGUUGCAGAACCCAGUCACUUCCACCAAUGUCAUGGGGAUGAUGACUGCCAUCGUUGGGGUUUUCGCCUAUAAUAAGGCUAAAUAUGAUGCCAACCAAGAAGCCAAGAGAAAGUUGCUCCCAGUUACCUCCACGGACCUCCUGUCUCUCGAUCACCAUCACGAACUGUCUGUUGAGCAGAAGGGACAAAUGAAUGGGACUGUGCUGUACUCUCAAUACACAGACUACCAGUAUGGACGGAAUGGCCUGCUGGCCGAGCAGUUGCAGUACAACCGGCAAAGCGCCCUUGGAACCACUUAUGUUUCCAACCGCUUUGAUGUCUAAAUAUAUGUAACUUCACCCUUAACUUAUUCUACAUACAAUCAGGAACUCCUGGUUAGUCCAUAGAUUUUAGCAAGAGGUCUCUGUCUGAGGCCCUACUUUUUUUAUUUUAUGGUAAUGAAGAGAACACUGUAACUCAGACUUUGAUGAAGGUACAUUUUGCACCUUGUUUGUUGUUUUUGUGCAUGUGAGGCGUUCAUUCUGCUUAGAAAUCAUUGGGAGUGGGGGGGAAAGCGCAUGAGAUUGCCGAUCUGUGUGAGAUGUUUACUUCAGAGUAAACAUUAGGGUGGUUAGGUUGUCAACUACCUGCACAAGAACUUCUUAAAGGAGUAUGGUAAAGAGAAUCAUUAAAAGGCCCAAGUAGCCCAAUAUUAAACAACCCCCUGAAUGUCAGAAGGUUUGUAUCAUCUUUGUCUUGUGUUGCAGUUCCUCCAUUUUUGUGGGAGGAAUGAUUUGUUUAUUUAGACAGAGGAGUUGUCUGUGAUUCAUGAAUUAAGGAGUAUUGAUCAAAUGAUUCCAAUAAUUGCUACAUUGUAAUGUGAAUAUAAUGCAUCCCUGAGUUCUCUGUUAGAAGGAGGGAAAUCCCGUUACCUUGAAGGUGAGAUGUCCCUAAAUGACCUGUACAUCUUAGUACUCCAACUUGUCUGUUAAUCAUACAUUCCCAGGUCACUCCAGUUUUUUUAAAAAAACUGGUGGGUAUAACAGUUUUUCUGAUUACACUCAGUUUAAAUAAUUUAAUAUUGCACCCCCUUGGCAACUCAUGUUUUUGUGAGUAACCAAAAUUAACAAUCCGAUAUGGUGACCAAAUUGCUAAUUGCACUUUGUCUAUCUUGUGUUCCCACAUAAUUAUGUUUAAUUGAAUCAAACUUGUUCCCGAUCAGACUGGCUCAGUGGUUAACGCUCUGGAUUCUGAAGGCCCAAUUCCAGAGAUUUAAACCACAAAAUCUGAGCCGACACUUUGAUGCAGUACUGAGGGCGCUGUGUGGUGUCAGAUGUAUUAAUUUUUCAAAUGAGACAUUAAAAAAAGCUCUAAUUUUAUUUGAUGUAAAAGAUCCCAUGGCACUAUUCAAGACACAAUAUCUUAACUAACUUUUAUUCCUCAAACAAUGUCACCAGAAACAGAUAAACAAGUCUUCGUCUCAUUGCUGUUUGCAUACAACAGUCUCUCAAAUCAUUUGCAUUUCCUACACUACAGCUUUCAUUACACUUCGUAAUAAAUUGGCUAUAAAGUGAUUCAGGACUUCCCUGUGAUGGUGAAAAGUACUGGAUAACUGUAGAUUUUUCAGCUCUCUUCCUUUUUAAUCAAUCCCACAGUUAUUACAGUCCUUCAGGUCCAUAAUGUAGGGAGAUUUCAGCCUGCAGUUCGCAGAAAUCCACUGUAGUAAAACAAAAGGGAUGGUGUGCAAGUUCAGGCUGGGAACAAAUGUAAGCUCUAAAAUCCCCUUAUAAAGAAUGAACAAAUUGGAAACUGAAAUAAUAGAAAUUUAUCAAAGUGCUCAGCAAAUCAGCCUACAACUGUGAAGAAAAUGAAGAGAUAUUUGCCAUUGUGGGAAUGUUUUCUCGCAAAAGAUGUGUAUAUGGUACAUGAACUCUGUUUAUCUUCAUAGAUGUAGACAAACGUGCUUGCUGCAUAUUUCUAGUACUUCCUACUGCAAUUCUAAACCCUGUGUUGUGCUAUUCACAAACUCAACAAUCAGUUUCAUCUCCUUCAGUUGUUCAUGCACUGCUUUCCUGUACUAUCCAAGAAUCAAUUCAUUCUGAAUUUGCCUAAAUGUUUCUUGAAUUUAGUACCAGUACAUGUUAUUGCAAAGUGACGUUAAGUUGCUUCACAAAAGAAACUUGUAGCCUGCAAAUCCCAGAAUGAGCAAACACCAAAGUCAUUUGGUCAAGUUGUUGGAAGUGAGUGUUGAUCAAGAAGAGCUAUCACUUAUUAAUGAGUGGUCAAUGGUUGUACUGGUUAAAAGGGAAUUUUUUUUUGUAUUUGCACAUUAUGCUGUUUUGUUGCCCUUGUUUCUUCACAACCUUUUUUAUUUGCUUUAUUGAGAUUAACAGUCUUUCUCAUUUAUUUUGUCAGAUUUACCAUCUUCCUUUGUCUAUUUUUUUCUCACACUGAAUCACAUUAAUUGUAACUGAUUUAAAUGUCCUAAGUUCCUUUCCCAGUUUCUUUGCUUUAUGUUUAAUGCUGUUUUGUGAUCAUCGCAGCAUCACUAUUCACUCAGAAAAGCAUUGCAAAUGUUUUGCAAAAUUCUGAAUGUUAUAAAUAGUAGAUGCAUUUUUUAACGUUCAUAAUUAUUAUUAAAGCUCACCAGUAAGCACUUGCCCUCAUGAAUGAUUCAGGAGUCGCAAUGAAUGCAGGUGAUGGCGUGAUUUGAAGUAACUUGGGAAAUCCUGUUUAAUACCUGCCACUCUGCGUAGAAGGAAAUGGGAAAACUGUAUUCUUCCUUUCUUCAGUUGUUUACUAAGCCUGAGGAUUCAGUGUUCCCAGUCGCUUUAAAUGAAAACUAAUCUUUACACGGUACCUGAUACAGCCACCAUGUUGAUCCUGUCCUUUGCCUGCAUGUCUACUUCAAAAAUCUCUGUACAUUUUAAAGGUUAACAAGGCUUUUGAAAUUUCAAGGGGCUGAUUUUAUUAUUUACUUUUUGUUAGUAGGGAUUCCUGUUCUUAAAAUCAGCCCAUGUUCUCUACACCUGUCAACUAACUUUCUCAAGGUACAAUGCAAGUUUUACCUUUGUCUCUGCCUUGCCAAAACUGUGCUAUGAAUUUAGGCUGCAAUUUAUUCCUUACUGCAGGAAUUUGUGCUGAAUAGGAUCUGACUGUACAUGGAUCAGCUGUGAUGUUUGUAAUAUUACAACAGUGGCUACAUUUAAAUGCUUCAUUGUCUGUAAAGCACUUUGAGAUUUUACGAUCAUGAAUAGGGCUAUAUAAAUACAAGUCUUUCAUUUUGUUUUAAAAACAAAAUCCACAUAUUAUGCAGAUUAACCCUUGCAUUUCUCCAGGAGCCAUUACAGUUGCUUUCAGUCAUGACUGUGUACUUAUCAUCUUUUUGUGUGUACUAUAUUUAUAAACAUGUUUGCAGAUUAUGAUGGUGCAGCCUGUGGUGAAUGCUGGAGAAGUACGCAUUCAGUUUGUCAAGCUUACCAAUACUGGAUUGCUUAAUCAGCCACAGUGUUCAAGUCCUAACUGGGACUUGAGCAAUCACUAUUCCCUAAAUCUCCCUCCGCUUGUUUGAUCCAGUUUAGGAAUAGCAUUUAUUUAAUGUGCUUUGUGGCAUUUUCUUAUAAAUCUGUCAAAAUUUGAAAUUAAGUCUACCUCUGAGGGUUUAUUUUCAAUUGUAAAGUGGCUUUAUGAAAAUGCUGUUGAAUUAUAUUCCUUUAUCAUAGAUCACUGGAAUGAGCUUCAAACUGAGCUCCAGUUUGUUCAGACUUGGGGAGCAUAUCGCAGAGUGGGGAUAUGUUAUAAAAUGGGUGAUUCUUUAGCUAAAAUUCAGUCACAAAUGUAGGGAAUCAGGACUUACUACUUGAAAUUAAAGUCAAUUGUGUGUUGUGCAGUCUUACAUAAUCAAUAGAGUGUACAGUUCUAAGUGACCAAACACUGGCCAGACAUUUUCAGAAAUGACUCCGUGUUCACAAACAGAGUUUGGGCCAUGUGGAUGGAAGUUGAGGACUACAGAAACUUGGUAACUCAGAGAAAAUGAGGUGCCAUUUCCUUGCUUUCCUUUCCCAUCUACAGCUUGAUUUUUUUAAACCAAAUUUUAAUAGAAGAUGGAAUUCCCUUUCUUAAUAAGUCUUUGUUAAUUUUUAGAUUGAAACUGUCAUUUCUUUGCACUUUUUAAGGAGGAAAUAUGGCUGAGCAAUUCAUCACUUCAAAGUUUCACUCAUUUUCUCAUUGAUAUAAACUUCAUGAAUAGCGCAGCAGUAUCACUGUAUUAUGGUGAAAAUUGUGCUUUGCAACCUAAAAGGGAAUUAAGGAAAAAUUCAUUCUUGCCUCAAAGUAUAAGAGAGGCUACAUGAUUUUAAAAAUGUAGUGCUGAGGGUUUGAGUGGAGAUAUCAAUGGUUUUGCAUAUACCUUUUGCAUCUUUUUCUGGCAUCAGUGUGCUUUUUAUAAAUUUUUAAGAAAAAUGCAAAUGCUGGGAAUCUGAAAUUAGAACAGAAAAUGCUGUGAGUAUUCAAAUAAAGCAAAAUACUACAGAUGCUGGAAAUCUGAAACAAACACAAAUCUGGAGAAACUCAGCAGGAAUGGUAGCAUCUGGGGAGAGAAAAACACUUAAUGUUUCUCAAGUUUCGUUUCUUCAGAACUUGUUCAGUUUUGAGGAGGAAGUGUGAAAGAGAUUUAAACUGGACACCAAACAUUAACUGUUUCUCUGCCUGUGCAGAUGCUGCCGGACCUGCUCCUCUGGCUUUCUCUGCUGUGAACAUUCAGCAGGUUCGGCAGCAUCUGCAGAGAGAGAGAGAGAAAACAUUAAUUAUGUUAUCUUUCUCUCCUCAAAUGCAGUCAGACAUACUGAGUGUUUUCAGCAAUUUCUGUUCUUAUUUCUGUUUUGUGCCCAUUUGACUGGCAGGUGAAAGGGACAAUCUGGUAUUAAACAUGAUUUGUGAACUGAUUCAGAUCUUUGUUUUCUUCUGUUACUUGAAUAUUUGGGAAAGGUUCUCACCAUUGUAUACUCUAAAAUACAUAAGCAGUGGGACCUGUUUUAAAAACUGGAUAUCUUUAGGAUUUUUUCCCAUUUUAAUAUGUAAUAUUUUAAAAUGUGUGAAGAUGUUUCCAGAUCCAUGUAUUGUUGCAGGUUUAGCCAUGUGGCAGUAUUGUUUCUCGAGGUCAAUGGAGAUGAAUGUAUGUGUGCCAACCCUCACUAAUGUAUCAUGUCUAUCUGUGGAGCGUUUUUAAUGUUGAUGGAUAAAAAAGUGACACUUAAAUUAAUAAAGUGAAAGGAGAAGCCAGUA